AUGCAAAUUAAAGUCAAAACCUUGACAGGUAGAGAGAUCCCUGUGGAUGUUGAACCAACUGACAAGAUUUAUAAUAUCAAAGAAAUGAUGGAAGAAAAGGAAGGUAUUUUCCCUGCACAACAAAGAUUGAUUUUCCAAGGAUCUCAAUUGAAUGAUGAAACUACAAUUGCAGAAUCUGGUAUUCAACCUGGAGCUUCAUUACAUUUGGUUUUAACUUUAAGAGGUGGUAAUUAA